AUGGUUCCGUCACAGCCUCUGACAAAUUAUUUAAUCCCUGUUACUUCACCAGAAUUUCCGUAUAUUUCGAGCUUAUGGAAUGUUAUACCUUAUAAUGAAAAAGAUGCCGUUUUCUCUUCAGGACAGCUAUCGAUGGUUUUCUUAGUUGAUAUUUUCACUAUUCAUAACGAGCGUAUGAUAGAACGCCUUCCUCUUUUAUUGCAUGUGGCGUUUUCAUUAUUGGAUCAUUAUUUAAGUAUUGUUCAAGAACUGGCAGGCACUUUAUUAAUACAUUUGAUACAUACAUUGGCACCCAAAGAACCUAAAACAGCUGAAACAAUCGAGGCACUUAGACAAAGAGACCAUUUCAAGUAUUUGUGGGUAUACGAUGACUUAAACAAUGACAAGAAAGGAGCCAGAACACCUAAGAAUAUGGAUUUAUUAGCGCGUAAUGUCCUAGAGAUUUUGACGCCUAUUGUCCCUACCCUACAAGAUGAUUGGAGCAGGGUAUCGCUACACUGGGCUACUACUUGCGCUGUAAGACAUAUUGCAUGUCGUUCAUUUCAAAUAUUUAGAUCUUUGCUUUCCUUUUUAGAUCAAGGUAUGCUUAAAGAUAUGUUGCACCGUUUGUCUAACACGAUUUCCGACGAGACUCUAGAUAUACAGGGAUUUGCUAUGCAGAUUCUUAUGACUUUGAAUGCUAUCACUGCUGAAUUAGACUCAGAAAAGCUUAUUGAUUUUCCUCAGUUGUUUUGGUCCAGUGUCGCAUGUUUGAGUACCGUCCACGAGCAGGAAUUUGUUGAAGUUUUAUCCACAAUGUCAAAAUUUGUAUCUAAAAUUGAUUUAGAUGCACCAGAUACAGUAUCCUGCUUAAUUUCAACAUUCCCUCCUAAGUGGGAAGGUAAAUUUGAAGGACUACAACAAAUAGUUAUGGUUGGAUUACGUUCAGCUACGGCGUGGGAACCUUCAAUGAAAUUCCUUGAUAAACUAAAUCACCUAAAGGAUAGUGAAAUUAUCGGUACAGGUGAUACCAGAUUAUUGAUGUCAGUCCUUGCAAACUUACCGCGCUUCUUACAUGCAUUAGAUCAAAAGGAUAUAAGUAAGGAUAUUGAAGAAACGGCGAAUGUCGUAAGUAAAAUGGCCGAUAACUGUGGUAAGCCAGCAUUAGCAAGAAUUUUAGUGUCAUUAUCUAAGAACAGAUUUAGAUCGAAGAAGGACUUCCUAGUUCAAACGGUUUCGUCUAUUAAUAAUAUAUUUUUCCCUGAAUAUGAAGCUCAAGUAUUAGUUUUACUUCUAGGAUUUUUAUCAAAUAAAACACCAUGGAUAAAGUUGGAAACGAUGAAUUUAUUAAAACACAUUUUUCCAUUAGUUGAUUUAGAAAGAGAUGAAUUUGUUGGAGUUGGAGCAGAUCUCAUUUCUCCAUUACUAAGACUACUAUUAACUGACUAUGCAGAACCGGCAUUAGCAGUUUUAGACGAAGCUGUUAUAAUAUCAGGCUCACAAUUAGAUAAAGAUGUAUUAAGAAUGAGUUUAGGCAAUUCAUCGAUGAAAAAGGAAUAUGAAAAAACAGCUACUUUGUUUGGUAUUCCCGAAGAAAGCGGAUGGGCUGUUCCGAUGCCAGUUGUAACUGCAGCCAGUACCCGAAACAAUGUUCAUGCUGUAUUUUCAACAUGCACUGAAACCACGUAUGUUGAUGAGAAUGAUGUAGAAAGUGAUAAUGACGAAAAUAUUCAGUUCCACAUGGAAGAUUACUAUGCACCUGUUGUUGAUCAUGGAGAUGCUGCAUCAGCAAGUGUCGAGGAGCCAGACGCGUCAUUGAGUAACAUGUGGGCAGCUUUGGACGAUUUUGAUUCGUUUUUCACUAAGGACACAGAUCAGAAUGGUUCAGUACCUAUGAAUACUUCUCAUCAUAUUCAUAGUGCAUCUGUUGACACAAAAUACAGCAAUUCUAGUGACCCAGCGACCUUCAUGGAUUCUGCUCCACAGGUUUAUGAUAACAAGGCAUCCCUCAUCCUUAAUAGAAGUUUAGCAAGAACUAAGUCUAACACUUCGUUCAAAAAUAAUUUGGCUGACUCCAUAGGAGCAAGUGAGCAUGCUAGUCCUAGUGCAUCAGCAAUGUAUAAGAAGUCGUACAUUCCAUUCAGACAUACGAAGCAUUCAAUAAAGUCAAAAAAUGACAGUUUUGUUACUCCAAAAAUGCCCACAUCAUCGACAUUUGACCCGGAGUAUACCUUAUCUCCUAGGUCUCCAUCGUUAAGUAAUUCAACUCUCUCGCCUUACGAGGAUGAAGUAUCGUCCCCCAUUAUGAGAAAUACGGAUUCGAAUGUUUCUAAUACCAAUGAAACAUCUACGAGGUUUGAGAAUUUGAUAGGUGGUAGUAAAAGGAAAUCAAAAAAAUCAAAUAGGUUUUCGCCAAACUCUAACAGUGUUGCAACAUCCCCCAGCAUACCUCAUAAUUAUUGGAGUUCCAAUAAGAAUGCUGAUAAAAAUCUUGUGAAUAAUCUGGCUACGCCACCUCAUUCAACUCCAGCAAGUCAACGCCCUAAUUUGAAGGCUAAAGACAAGAAAAAGAGGAUCUCCUAA